AUGUUCUCAUUCUAUGUUAUAUUUUGUAGCGCAGAUGAAAGAUUUGAUGCUUCUUUUCACACUAAUGUACUGGUGAACUCAUCUGGUCAUUGUCAGUAUUUACCACCAGGGAUCUUCAAGAGCUCAUGCUAUAUAGAUGUUCGUUGGUUUCCUUUUGAUAUUCAGAAAUGCAAAUUAAAGUUUGGCUCUUGGACCUAUGGAGGAUGGUCAUUGGAUCUACAAAUGAAAGAAGCAGAUAUAUCUGAAUAUAUCUCAAAUGGAGAAUGGGACCUAGUAGGAGUCCCUGGGAAGCGGAGUGAGAGUUUUUAUGACUGCUGUAAAGAGCCCUAUCCAGAUGUGACAUUUACUAUUACAAUGAGACGUAGAACUCUCUACUAUGGGCUGAACCUCCUCAUUCCCUGCGUUUUAAUAUCUGCACUCGCCUUGCUAGUGUUUCUGCUACCUGCAGACUCAGGAGAAAAGAUCUCACUUGGUAUAACUGUGUUGUUGUCACUUACUGUAUUUAUGUUACUGGUAGCAGAAAUAAUGCCUGCCACAUCAGACUCUGUGCCAUUAAUAGCCCAAUACUUUGCCAGUACGAUGAUCAUUGUGGGUCUCUCAGUGGUCGUAACAGUCAUUGUCCUGCAAUAUCAUCACCAUGACCCACAUGGAGGCAAAAUGCCAAAAUGGACAAGAAUCAUUCUUCUAAACUGGUGUGCGUGGUUCCUGAGAAUGAAAAGACCUGGAGAAGACAAGGUCAGACCUGUUUGCCAACACAUUAAUAAGCAGCAACAGCAGCAACAACAACAGCGACGUUGCAGCAUGAGCAGUGUGGAAGUGAAUACUGUUAGUGGUCAGCAGUCCAGCAAUGGGAACAUGCUUUAUAUUGGCUUUCGAGGCUUAGAAGGAAUCCAUUGUACACCUACUACAGAUUCUGGAGUAAUAUGUGGCAGAAUGGCCUGUUCACCAACCCAUGAUGAAAAUCUAAUCCACCACACACGUCACUCUGAAGGUGACCAUGACUUAGCCAAGAUUUUGGAAGAACUGCGUUUUAUUGCCAAUAGGUUCAGAGACCAGGAUGAGGAUGAAAUCAUAUGUAAUGAAUGGAAGUUUGCUGCCUCUGUGGUGGACCGGUUGUGUUUGAUGGCCUUUUCUGUCUUUACCAUCAUUUGUACUAUUGGCAUAUUAAUGUCAGCUCCCAAUUUUGUAGAAGCAGUGUCUAAAGAUUUUGCUUAG